AGACUAUCAGAAAAUAUGUUUGCUUUAAAAAAUGAAAAUUUUUAUAUCAUAAAAUUUUUUAAAAAUACCUUUUUCUUAAUAUGAAAUUACAAAACAUUCAUCAAAACUAAGGAAGGUAUCAAUGGUUGUAAUACUGAAAUAAUUUGAUGUGUUACUUUGAAAUCGGAAGCAUUGAAGCAACAGAUCUAAAUAACUGGUGUACAGUUUAGUCACCAGUUAGUGUAGGUGGCAUUAAAAAGACAUUGUGGGAUAAAUUGUGUCUGUAAGUUUUCUAAAAAAGCGACACACUUGAUGAAGGUGAAAAUUCUUCAUCGCGAUGUCGAAGAAUACGAUCAGUCAUUUCGAGAAAAAGGUGCUUUAAGACCAACCUACCGUAAUCCGGAUCCACGGUUGCAUCCAUUAGAAAAUGCGCAUGAAAUACAACGGGCCAUUGUUGCUGCGAAAAUGGAAAAAAUGUUUUCUAAACCGUUAGUUGCCGUUCUUGACGGACACCGUGACGCCGUGCGUUGCAUUGCACGCUGCCACAAUCGGCUUUCGGACAUUUUUACAGGAAGUUGUGAUGGAGAAAUACGUCAUUGGAGUCUAUCACAAAAACGCUGUUUACGAUCCAUUAAAGCUCACGAAGGAUUUGUGCAAGAUAUAUCAGUUUCUCAUGACAAUAUGCAUUUGCUGUCAUGCGGUGAUGAUGGUGUCGUUCGUGCUUGGCAGUUUAAUGCAUUAACGCCCGUUCCAUCUCAAGAAGAUAUAGAGGACACAGGCCACCUGGUGCAGCUUGAUCAGGAUGAUACGCAGGUUUUCGGAAAUUCGAUUCUGGCUGUGAAAACUUGGACGGCAACAGGUCCUUUAACAUCUGUAGAUCAUCAUUGGAAAAAACCACUUUUUUUAACGACAGGUGAAACUCUCGAACUUUGGGACACGAGCCGAUCUUCCCCUAUAAGUUCUUAUGAAUGGGGAAACGAUUGUGAUGGUCUUUACCAUGGAUGUUUUAAUAAGGCAGAUACCAAUCUUUUGGCAUCAUCUGGAAGAGAUAACAGUGUUUGUAUUUUUGAUAUUCGUAGUCAACAACCUGUCUCACGUUUUAUUCUUAAAAUGCGAACAAAUCAUUUAUGUUGGAAUCCUAUGCAGCCGCUAUUGUUUACAUGUGCUAAUGAAGAUAGUAAUCUUUAUACUUUUGAUAUUCGACGCUUAGAUGCUGCGCGAGUUGUUCAUAAGGAUUUCACGAAUGCAGUGUACGCGUUUACUGGCAUCAAUCUCAAUUCAAACGUUUUUCACAGAUUAGAUGUUGAUUAUUCCCCAACAGGCCGCGAAUUUGUUGCGGCAUCUGCAGACAGAACCCUUCGAAUUUUCCCUUCUGAUAAGGGACGGAGUCGUGAAAUUUAUCAUGGAAAACGCAUGCAAUUAGUCUUGAGUUGCUCUUAUUCAGCGGACGCAAGAUUCGUGAUUUCAGGUUCAGCCGAUUUUUGCGUCCGGGUAUGGAAAAACAAAGCAUGGGACUCGUUAGGACCAAAAUCCCAACGUGAGAAACGUACCCUUGCGUACCGGGAAGCAUUAAAGGAACGUUAUAAACACAUUCCACAAGUUCGUCGCAUACUUAAUCAUAGGCAUAUACCUAAGCUAGUUAAAUUAACAAGUGAAAAGAAAGCCGCUAUUCAUUCGUCUCGUCAAAGAGCGGAAAUGAAUCGUCAAUUAAAUUCUAAAUUGGAUAGUACGAGUGAUAAAGACGAAAAGAAGCGAGCCAUUUUAAAGGUGGAGGAUUCAUAAUAAAAUAUUUCAAGAAAGGAUUAUAUGGUUCGACCUUUUCCUAUUUCAUGCAAAACUACUGACAUUGAAACGAUGCGCAUUGGUUGCAGAACUUUAAAUGUUUUGGGCUGAACGGCUUGAGUAUACACAAAAAGUCUCUUCGUGAAUGUUAUCCAACGUUUUGUGCACCGCAUUUUUAUAUAUGUCAGCGAUGUAAAGCAUGAAAAAUAAAAUUAUCUAGUAAUAGAAGCAUUUCUUGCUUUGUUUUAAAUUGUGUUUUUUUUUAAUAAAAAAAUGUCUUAUGUUCCACUUUAUAUUAUUUAAACAAGUCAUUGAUGAAAGAAAACGUGCAUGAAAAAGAAAAAAUGGUUAAAAGAAAAAUGUCUUGAACCUUGUUGGAUAACUGAAAAUGCAGAAAAUGUGUAAAUUUAUAUAAAUCAAUGCGAAAGGCGGGACUCAAAAUAAUUUCAUGGUUUUCUUUUUAAAAUAUUCCAAUUCGAUUCCAAGUCGUUUUCUGAAAUCGUUAACGCAAGUUGGAUUCAUUAGGCCUUUACUCACGCGUCCAUUGUAUAAUUAUACAGACAUUCGACGUGCAUUUUCUGUAGCACAAAACGCUGAAAAGUGCUCAAAGCACUUGCCAAAGACUUUUUUGGACUCUAUAGAAGGAACUCAGUCGCGCGACGCGUAUAUAUUGGCAUUCACUUGUAAAAAAUGUAAUACUCGCUCUAUUAAAAGAUUUUCAAAGAUAGCGUAUCAUAAGGGUGUGGUUCUUGUCCGUUGUCCAACAUGUGAAAACCUUCAUCUGAUUGCAGAUAAUUUGCGCUGGUUUCAAGAUACAAACAUCACUUUGGAUGGCCAGGGCUUACAAUCAAACCAGCCUUCACCUAACGAAAAUC